AUGGCUCCUCUCCCAAGCCUCGUUUACAACAACGUUCUUUCUCUUCGUGCAGACAAGAAAUACGAGGUUAAGGUGGAGAAAGAAAUCCUCCUCGGUAAACUGAUCCUGGGGCUCAUCGCGGCCGCUUUUGCCAUGUUCUUGGGCUACACAAUCUACCUCAAGCUGAAGCCCAAGUAUCAGAAAGAAUGGAAGCCCAAGCUUCAUCCUAAGCUUCGGGACUAUAAGGAGAAGUAUGAGGGCCGGAAGAAGCAGAUGGGGACCUGGCAUGGCCCCAAAGAACCACGCAAGUCCCAGCAAUUUCCUUCCAAAAUUGUCCUUGAUACUAACGUUCCUUCUAGAGGCGCCAGCGCUUGCUCACAUAGCUGGUAG